CAUUUUGAGAUAUUGGAGCUCUUACAAAUUGUAUUGAUUGUGUAAAGAGGACAUUUUUGGCUAGUACUGAGUGCAGUCACCUGAAAUACAGCAACUGCUUAAUAGCACGUGCCAUAGCUGCUUGGGACAAGAAGUGAAGAAUACCUUGUACAGACAUUAAAGGAGUUUAAAAACAGUACAAUUAUCCAUGUUUUAAAAGUGUAUUUACACUGAAUCAUGUGAGGACAUUGUUAUUUGUUUUGACUUCGGGAAUCUAGAAAACUAAUGUGUAAAAGUAGAUUUAUAUCAUUUCUGUAACAUUAAGCAUAGAGGUUGGUUGGAUUUCUAGUAUGCUAUUUAAAAAAUAGAAGGCAGCACCAAGAGGCUUGCACAUCUAUGCCAGUUUUUUCAAAGCAUUACAAUUACAUUCUAGGGUAUAGUAGGAUCCUGUAUUGGGCUAAUAAUUUUUCCUUUAAAGUUUCAUUAAUUUUUUUUUAAGCCAGAAGGACCAUUGUGGUAAUCUAAUCUGGCCUUCUGAAUAACACAGGGUGUAGAAUUAAAAAAAAAAUCCUAUACAUACAGUAAGAAGGAAAAUUAUUUUUGUAAAGCUUCCUGUCCUUUAUUACUAAACAUCUUUAGAUAACAAUGAAUUUAAAAAAAAUCUAACUUAUGAAGAUUUUAUUUUAGACAGUGGAAUAAGGUGUCAAAAUCACCUUUGCUUGCAGUUGCUCUUUGUGCUAGUUUCACUUUGUACUAGUGCCUGUUUUCCAGAAUUUUCGUGCAACUGCAACCCGAAGUGCACCAUCUUAAAAUACGAGCAUCAGGACUUACUGAGCAGACAGCUCAUUGAAUGAAUGUAUUUGAACAAAGUAUGAAGAACCCUAAAACAAAAGAGCAGAUUGAAAAUCUGUUACGGAAUGGGAUGAAUAAGGAGCUGCGGGAUCGUCUCUGUUGCAGGCUGACCUUCGGGACUGCUGGGCUUCGUUCUGCCAUGGGGGCAGGUUUUUGCUACAUUAAUGACCUUACAGUGAUCCAGUCAACACAGGGAAUGUACAAAUACCUUGAGAGGUGUUUUUCAGACUUCAAGCAAAGAGGCUUCGUUGUUGGAUAUGACACGCGAGGUCAGGUGACCAGUAGCUGCAGUAGUAAGAGACUUGCAAAGCUUACUGCAGCAGUCCUACUUGCGAAAGGUAUACCUGUGUACUUGUUUUCAAAAUACGUUCCUACGCCGUUUGUGCCGUAUGCCGUUCAGCAGCUCAAAGCUGUAGCUGGUGUGAUGAUCACAGCAUCCCAUAAUCGUAAAGAGGACAAUGGAUACAAGGUGUAUUGGGAAAAUGGAGCUCAGAUCACAUCUCCUCACGACAAAGAAAUCCUGAAAUGUAUAGAAGAAUGUGUUGAACCAUGGAAUGGUUCGUGGAACGAGAAUCUAGUAGAAACCAGUCAUCUUACACAAGAUCCUUUGGAGGAAAUUUCUAAAAGCUAUAUGGAGGAUCUGAAAAAGAUCUGUUAUCACAGGGAACUGAACACAAAAACCAACUUGAAGUUCAUUCAUACAUCUUUCCAUGGUGUUGGGCAUGACUACGUGCAGUUAGCUUUUAAAGCAUUUGGUUUUAAGCCACCCAUUCCAGUACCUGAACAAAAAGAUCCAGAUCCAGAUUUUUCUACUGUCAAAUGUCCAAAUCCUGAAGAAGGAGAAUCUGUGCUGGAGUUGUCUUUGAGGCUUGCAGAGAAAGAAAGUGCCAGGGUGGUGGUGGCCACUGAUCCUGAUGCAGACAGAUUGGCGGUGGCAGAGCUACAAGAACAUGGUCGUUGGAAGGUAUUCACUGGCAACGAGCUGGCUGCUUUGUUUGGGUGGUGGAUGUUCAGGAGCUGGAAGGUCAACAGUUCCAAAGAAGCUGAUGUGAAGAGCGUUUACAUGUUAGCAACCACAGUCUCCUCUAAAAUUUUGAAGGCGAUUGCACUUAAAGAAGGAUUUCACUUUGAAGAAACGUUACCUGGUUUUAAAUGGAUUGGAAGUAGAGUAAAAGAUCUCCUAGACAAUGGGAAAGAGGUUCUUUUUGCAUUUGAAGAGUCUAUUGGUUUCAUGUGUGGCACAUCAGUGUUGGAUAAGGAUGGCGUGAGUGCAGCUGUGGUUAUAGCUGAAAUGGCAUCUUAUCUGGAAACCAAGAACCUAACAUUGGCACAGCAACUAACUGAAAUAUAUGAAAUGUAUGGAUAUCACAUUUCAAAGACCUCUUAUUUCUUGUGCUAUGACCCUUCUACUAUCAAAAGGAUAUUCGAAAAGCUUCGGAACUUUGAUUCCCCAAAAUCUUAUCCAAAGUCUUGUGGCGCUUAUGAUAUAUUACAUGUACGGGAUGUUACCACUGGCUAUGAUAGUAGCCAGCUUAACAAGAAAUCGGUGUUGCCUGUGAGUAAAAACAGUCAAAUGAUCACCUUCACCUUUCAAAAUGGGUGUGUUGCCACCCUCCGGACAAGUGGAACUGAGCCAAAGAUCAAGUACUAUGCAGAGAUGUGUGCACGGCCUGAGCGGAGGGCGUAUUGGAGCUGCACCUUCAUCAUUAAAACAUUUCCACAGACCUGUAGGAGGACAUGCAUUAGGAGAGACACAUACUCCAAAAAUAAGAGCUUCCCCAACCUAGUUGUUGGCUAUAAUGCACAUAACUUGACGGACAGAUGUUUACAGGCUGUUCAGCUGCCUCCCCAGCCACUGACAUGCAUGGAUUUGCUCAGGAGGGUUAACUGCUAAAACUGUGUUAGCAGUGGAUAAAAUGGACGCGUUAAAUGUCACAAGUUUGCUGUUCAGUCUGUUUCUUCCCCUGCCCCCAACUUUCAUCCAGGAGCAAAGGCUUUUCUUUCACUCCUAGUCAAGCUCUGCUCAUACUGAGAGGUCCAAGAACUGCAGGAGGCACCUUCCCAUCCUUCUUGUAGGGAUAACCUAGGAUGAAUAUAGUGUGAAAUGGCUAUGAAAUGUUUGCUUCAGUGAGUUGUGCAGCAGUAUAAAACUCUCCUCCCUCUGACAGUGGUUCUGGUUAAUCUCUUCCCACUUUGUUUUUUCAAAAAAACCAAACAACUCCUUUUCAGUGUCCCAAAUGCCCCUUUUUGGGGAGAAACAUUUAUACCACCAUGUGCCAUCUAUUUUGUCAGUGUUUAUUGCUCUUGGAAGGAAAGGGUUUAGAAUGGCCACACUACUCCCAGGUGAGAGCCACCUAGACUUUAAGGCCCUUCCGUGUUUGAAAAGUAAAGACAGACACGUCAAGUGGCCUUAUUUUCAGGGUGCAAAGCAUGCUCAUUCCAUGCAGUCAGUCAGCCAUGGGUGCUCUGCCCUUGGGAAAAGUCAGGUCUUGUAUUUAAGCGCAUAUGUUGGUAUUUAUGCAACUAUCACCAAAUUUGAAUAUAUUUAACUUCCAGUUUACACACUGCAGUUAAUAACUGCUUAUCAUAGUGAGGCAAUGGUGGUCCUUGAAUAAAUUUCUGUUUGACUAGAGCUAGGAUAAUAGCAACUCAAAGUGGACUGUAACAGUAAUUAUUGUUAACAGUAAUUUUCUGAAUUUUGAACCUUGCCAGCAGUUCUUUAUUUGAUUGCAUAUGAUCUUUGUAGACACUCAUGGGGAUGCAUGUCAGUUUGGCAGCUCUCAAUCCAUUUAAGACUUUUUUCCCUUCAAAUCUGAAAUACUGCACGAACAAGCUGACUUUCUAUAUACUUCUGAUGUGUUUUUCCUGCUUAAGAGAGGAAGCUGAAGAAAAUAAGUGAGGCAAAUUAUCUUUGUAUGUCCAGUAAUCUGCCAGCAAAGACAUUUGCUGGAACUCAUAUAGACCAUAUUACAGAUAUAUAUGAUGCAACUGAGGGUUGUAAAUGGACAAGAACAGUGUAGAGAGGAACAGCAAUAAACUACAAGUAGUCCUGUGGCACCUUUAGAGACUAACGUAU